CUAUAAAUAUAUAAUGAGUAAAGUGUUCCACUCUUGUAUCACUCGAAAAUCAAGUGUUCUUUUGUGCAUCACAGAAUAUCUUUGUUUCUGAAGUAUUGGUGCGGUUGGAAACCGACGAUUGACGUGAAGGGAAAGAAUGCCUCGAGGGAAUAACUUACCCAAACUUGAUCGUAAUGCAUUGGAAAGGAAUCGAAGAAUGUACAUGAAAGAUCUGUUUUCAAAGCUCGCGUAUCUUAUUCCUAUCCAACCCGGCCCCAGGUCCUCGUUACAUGCGCUGUUGAAUCAAGCCAUCGCCCAUGUAAAGGAAUUGCAAGAAAGGAUAGAGAUGCUGAAGCAAAGGAGGCAACUACUUGAAGGCACUCAUCACGAUGCUGCAGGCAUCAGUGGCUCAAUGUCACCAGUCGUCUCACUAAGAGAUUUGGGCUUUAUACUAGAGUUAUGUCUGAUUACUGGGUUAAAUGAGAAUUUCACGUUGCAUCAAGUCAUCAAUGUUCUCUUGGAGGAAGCAGCUGAAGUCGUGGAUGUUAGCUACUCCACUGUAGGGCAUAGGAUCUUCUAUACAAUAUAUUUUCGGGCUGUUUGUUCUAGAAUUGGCAUAGAAACUUCAAGGCUGCAUGAAAGAUUGAAAGAACUGAUUUUUUGAACUGAUGCUCGGAAUUGUUUGCUAGGCUAUGCAUGCCUUUUAUCGCCGAAAAUUGAGAUGAAAGAUGAUCUUUAUUUACGUUUCUUCUAUGCUUUCCAGAAGACGCAAGAUUGUAGAAUGGCUUUGCUACCUUCUA